AGAAUGACUUCUCUUUGUUUUUCCUUUUCAGUUUUAUCUUCUCACUGAGCUGAAGUUGGGAAUUUGGAGUGUGAAAAUGGAAGGCAAUGUCCAGAGGAGAUUGAAUUGCGUUUCUCGUCACCUUUUAUCGCCACCCGAUGUUGAUAAUCUUACACUGUACCCGGUUUUAGUGAAAGGUGAGCAAGCAAAAUAUGAAGAGGGAGACCCAGUAGUGAUAGGAGGCAUGGUAUUAGAUAUUCAUGCCACUCCUUCAAUGCCUCCAUGUCCUAGAACCACCAUUCCUGGCAAGGUCCAAUAUGCACUUGGAGGAGUAGCAAGGAAUAUUGCUGAGUGCAUGUCAAAGCUUGGAACUAAGCCUUACAUGAUUAGUGCCUUGGGCCUUGACAUUGCUGGAAACUUGCUGUUGGAGUACUGGAAUUCUGCUGGGCUAUCCACUGAAGGCAUUCGAAAACACCAAGAUACCAGAACUGCUGUCAUAACCAGCACAUUUGAUACCCAUGGAGAGGUUGUAGUUGGGGUUGCAGAUGUGGAAGCAGUUGAAAAGUUCCUCACUCCUGAGUGGAUUCUGCAAUUUAAGGGAAAUAUUUCUUCUGCUUCAGCAUUGUUGGUUGAUGCAAAUCUGAAUCCUCCUGCGUUAGAAGCUGCUUGUCAGGUGGCAGCAGAAUAUAACAUUCCAGUUUGGUUUGAGCCUGUUUCAGUUGCAAAAUCCAUUAGAAUCGCCUCAGUUGUCAACAAGGUAACUUUUGUUUCUCCCAAUGAAGAUGAACUUAUUGCCAUGGCAAAUGCUUUGUCGAUUGGAAGCAUGUUUCAUCCAAUCGAAAGGGAUAAUAUCAAGUCAACAGAAUCUUUAUUUCAAAUGUUAAAACCUGCCAUCUCAGUUUUGCUAGACAAGGGUGUCAAGAUAGUUGUUGCUACUCUAGGUGCAAAUGGAGUGUUCUUAUGCUCCAAGGACCCAAACUGCAUGAGUAGUAGUUGGGAAAGAGCCAAACGAAAUGGAUUUAGCAGAUGGUUGUACGACACUGUAGCAUCAAGCUGCUCCUCAAGUAAAGUUUCUGUAGCUAUGCAGGGUGAGGGGCAUUCUUGUCUUUUUGCUGCACAUUUUCCUGCCCUUCCUGCCUCAGUUGUGAGGCUUACAGGUGCUGGUGACAACAUGGUUGGCGGGAUACUUGCUUCUCUUUGUUCAGGCUUAGAUAUUAUGCAAAGUGUGGCAGUUGGUGUUGCUGUAGCCAAAGCUGCUAUUGAGACAGAGACCAAUGUGCCUUCAACAUUUAGUCUGGCCUCUAUUGCAGAUGAUGCAAAGUGGGGCUACGCAGCUGCCAAAGUUAUGGUCCAUCGGUCGAUGCUGUAAUACAUUCAUUUCGUGUUACAUCAUGUGAUGUGUUGGUAAUGCUUAUAACAAAAAUUGCAAAAGUUGAAAUGUUGAACACACGAACUGGUCAUAUUGUUGCAAAUCAAGCAGCAAUGGCUCAAUCUCUCUCAACCUGAUUGUGGUUUGCGUUGCUUUCCUCCCUCAAAAUGCAACAAGUUUAGGUGCUUUUCCUUGGAGGUCACUUUGCUGGGGAAAUGUCGGGCUUUCGCUGCGCUCCUGAAGACAAUAUAGAAUCAAAGAUUUUGUUUUAUUUUUUGACGAUGACGAUGAUGACCCAAUCUUGCAAAAAAAAAAAAAAAAAAAA